GUGGUGGUGGUGUACGUAUAGGUUGUAACCCAAAAGACUAAGAGGGUUUCGGAGAGAAAAAACAGGAAAAUAGAGAGAGAAGCCUGAUAAGCUCAAAGCUAAGAUAGAAUAGAACCAAUAAUUUACUGCGCAAACCAGAAACCCCAACGACGAAGCUCCAAAUCCGAAGAACAAGAAAGUUGUUUCGCUCUUCUCUUUCUCACGAUCUUGUCUUUAGUUCGGUUAUGGAUCCGUUCGAUUUGGUUCGAAAAGGUUUUGGGUGAAGCAUACUGGAAUUCAGAUUAUUCUCUGUCUUGAGCUUUUUUAUGCAUAUAAAAUCUUUCUACCACCAUUUAUUUAAAGAAUGAGCUUAUACACGAAAGGGACCGAAGCAAUUGAUACAAAGAUAAGUGCGCCAAACAAGGCAACAACCUUGAAUCCAAAUGCUGUAGAGUUCGUUCCCUUUUCCCUUAGGUCGCCGACUGCUCCACCUAGAAGCACCAGCACCACGGAUGCUGCUGCAGGGUUUGCGGCUACUGGAAGUACAGGAAAAUCGGUGCUUGAUAGAUCAGGAUCAUCUGUUUCAAACAACUCUGAUGAAGAGGCCCAUCAAUACUGGCGUUGCCAGCUCCCUGAUGACAUUACCCCCGAUUUUAAAGUAACGAGUGAGGAUGAAUCUCAAGGUCUCGGGGGCCUUUCUUUGGCGGGCUUAUCGUUGCAUGAUGGCAGUGAAGCAUCAAGGUUUCCAACUCCUACAGGAAGUGGCUAUGUGUUGAAUGGGCCGACGGAAUUGUCCCCACGUGUAAAUGGCAACAUUUUUGCUGAAAAUAUGGCAUAUUCAGCUCCAUCCUGUGUGGAAGAUCCAAGCUCGGCAAGCUUUUCGCAGUUGCCAGGUAAGCCUUGGGACAAGCAAAUUGUGAACAACGAUCAGCUUUUUCGAAAUGGUAGAGAUGGACAUCCUUACAACGGGAAUUCUAGACAUGGGUUCAUGAACGAAAUGUUACCUGAGCAUGGAAUGGUAGAUGACACUGACAUGAAUCCCUUGGAGUUCUUGGCUGUACAAUUCCCUGGAUUUGCUGCUGAAAGCCUUGCAGAAGUUUACGUUGCUAAUGGCUGCGACUUCAACUCGACUGUUGAGAUGCUUACUCAGCUUGAGCUUCAAGUUGAUGGUGGUUUCAGUCAGAAUAUUAACUCAAAGGCGUUGUCAGCACCCAAUCUCAGUGCAAUGGAUUUUCCUGCGCUUACUCUUGAUGCUCAGAAUGGUCCUCCAAAGUAUGCUGGAGAUGAUAUUCAGCAAAACAGCAAUCCAUAUCGAUCUCCAGACAAGGAAAGCAUACUUUCAUUCAAGUCUAGCUCCUCUGUUCUGAGUAGGGGUGCAGUAGAUUUUGCUUCUGCUGUCAGGAAAUUGGCAUCGCAAGAUUCUAUAUGGAAAUAUGAAGGAAAUGGUGCAGUUAAUUCUACUGUUGGCUCAAGCAGAAGUUCUAAUGUUUCCACAAGUGCUUACAGUGGUGGGCAGGGGAGAGGCAUUUAUGCUGAUAGGUUGCAAAUUCGUGGUUCAGCUCGAGUUCCUCCGGUGUGGCUUGAAACUGGGGACUCUGUGGCAAAUUUAUAUUCUGAACUGCGGGAAGAAGCUCGUGACCAUGCACGUUUACGCAAUGCAUAUUUUGAACAGGCUCGGCAAGCGUACCUCAUUGGCAACAAGGCUCUAGCAAAGGAUCUGAGCGCAAAAGGACAGCUGCACAAUGCGCAUAUGAAGGAAGCUCAUGGAAAAGCUCAGGAAUCAAUUUAUCGUCAGAGGAACCCUGCCGGCCCAGAGAUGCAAGGUAAUGGGAGAGGGCAUGAGCAGAUUAUAGACCUGCAUGGGCUGCAUGUAAGUGAAGCCAUACAUGUCCUAAAGCAUGAGCUGAGUGUGCUGCGGAGCACAGCUCGUGCAGCAGAUAAGCGUUUACAGGUUUAUAUAUGUGUUGGGACUGGCCACCACACUAGGGGUUCCCGCACACCAGCAAGACUUCCCAUCGCUGUACAGCGUUAUCUGCUUGUAGAAGAGCACCUUGACUAUUCUGAACCACAGCCAGGGCUGCUUCGUGUUGUGAUAUAUUAGAGGCAGAGGGAGGGAAGCGGUGAGAGGUAUUGUCAUCAAAAUCAUUCUUGUAUCUGUGUACAUGGAAGAGAGAUGGAAGAGAAGUAGGUUUAAAUCUAAAUAUUGGAAGAAAAAAACGGGGGGAAAGUAAAGGAAAGCAAAAAAAAAAGCAGAAGUGUAACUUUACAGUGUAACUGGGUGACAGCAGCAUUACAUUUUGAUAGCCAUCAGGGACUGUACAUCAGCAAUCUUUUGUACCUUAAAUUUUCAUUUCUUUGUUACAUUCCCUUUUCUUUCAUUCAGAUGUAACUGAUAGAAUUGAAUUACAUGAUAGUAUAGUUUUAAGUUCAA